AUGAAAACAAUCGGCAUCAUUGGCGGCAUUGGGUGGCCGAGCACCAUCGCUUACUAUCAAGCCAUCAAUAAACUGACUGCCAAGCGUUUGGGUGGCAGUGGCACGCACUGCGCUAAACUCGUUCUUAUCCAAACCGACUUCCAUGAGUUAGAAGAGUUGGUUCAAGAAAGCCGAUGGGAUAAGAUCGGAGAAAUCUUCAUUGGUUUAGCAGAGAGGCUUCAAUUAGCGGGAGCUGAACUAUUCCUCUUAGCGUGCAAUACCUUCCACAUGGUAGCACCUCAGAUACAAAGCCAUAUUAGCCUGCCCAUGGUUCACAUAGUGGAUACAACGGCGCGAAAGGUUACUGAAGGCGGAUAUAGGAUUGUGGGACUGAUUGGCAGUCGGUACACGAUGAAUGGAGACUAUUUUAUUGGGCGACUGACUUCAGAGUACGGCCUGACAGUCGUGGUUCCAGAUGAGGGCCAGCAGAACGAGAUUUCCGGGGCACUUCACGGUCAGUUAGUGCGGGGAAUUUUCCUCCCAGAGACAAGAUCCCUUUUUAGGGAUGCAAUAGCCUGCCUUGUUGGCCGCGGUGCAGAAGUGAUUAUCCUUGGAUGUACUGAAUUUGGCCUUAUUGUACAGCCCGGAGAUAGCCCAGUCCCUAUUGUUGACACCACUAUUGCACAUGCUGAAGCUUCAGUCGAGAUGGCUAUGGCGGACUAA